AAUUUUUUUUUCUCAAUCAAUAAUUAUUUACCGGUGGUGUGUACUCUACUCAGUGGUUCUCUACUCCGGUAUCAGAAUCCAUAAAAAAUAGGGAAAUUGAUUUAGCGGCCGCCGUAGCUUCCGCCGCAACUGAACUGAAAUGUUGCUAUCGCAGUGCCAUCUUCUUCACUCUCAAAUUCCUAAUACUACCUCCCGUCUCCAACUCCAACCAAACAAAUUGGCCUCUCCGUCAUCUUCCAGACUCAGACUCAGAGCCAUGGCUUCCUCUUCGUCUCCUCACCAACUCACUCACUUCGCCAAUGUCGCCAACAAAGCCGCCGACGCCGCCGGAGAUGUUAUCCGUAAAUAUUUCAGAAAAAAAAUCGACAUUAUUCACAAACAGGAUCUCAGUCCUGUCACCAUUGCUGAUCAAUCCGCGGAGGAAGCUAUGGUUUCAGUCAUACUUGACAAUUUCCCUUCUCAUGCUGUUUAUGGAGAGGAAAAGGGGUGGAGGUGUAAACAAAACAGUGCUGAUUAUGUUUGGGUAUUAGAUCCCAUUGAUGGAACUAAGAGUUUUAUCACUGGGAAACCCUUAUUUGGUACUCUCAUUGCUCUUUUGCAAAAUGGCACACCAAUCCUUGGCAUAAUUGAUCAACCUGUGUUAAAAGAAAGAUGGAUUGGGAUAACUGGAAAGAAAACUACUCUCAACGGACAAGAAGUGUCCACACGCACUUGUGCAGACCUUUCUCAAGCAUACUUGUACACUACAAGCCCGCAUCUUUUUAGUGGAGAUGCAGAAGAGGCAUUUAUCCGAGUUAGAGACAAGGUUAAAAUUCCAUUAUACGGUUGUGACUGCUAUGCAUAUGCUCUUUUGUCUUCUGGCUUUGUGGAUCUUGUUGUUGAGUCCGGUCUGAAGCCAUACGAUUUUCUUGCAUUGAUACCUGUUAUUGAAGGCUCUGGAGGUGUCAUAACUGAUUGGAAAGGACACCAACUCCGUUGGGAAGCUUCUCCACUUUCAAUCGCAACAAGUUUUAAUGUUGUAGCGGCCGGUGACAAACAGAUUCACCAACAAGCUCUAGAUUCAUUAAAAUGGUAGUAUGGAUGCUAACCAGAGUACAGUUCAAGUCUGUAAUCUUCUUUAGAAGCCAAUUCCUAGUUUAGAUGUUUGUAAAGACGCAUAUUAUGAUACCGUUGCUAGGUAUCUAUUUAUCAAAGUUCAAAUGGUGUUGCCAGGCACUGUGAACAUUAUUUUAACUCAGACAUAUCAGAAAUUUUUAUUGAA